UAUCUCAUAAUAUCAAUGUUAUAUGAGAAAGAAUCCCUCAAAAAAAAAAUGUUAUAUGAGAAAGAAACGUCGACCGUUUUAUGUAAAAUUGACAUUAAAGUUAUUCUCUCUGAAAUAGAAAGGAAAACAAAUUACACCAAUAACUUAAUCAUUGCGAGUCAAACAAUUGACUAAAAUUUUCCUAUCUAUUCUAAAGCAUCUCAUGUUUUCAAAGGAGGUUACACAAAUUAUAGUACAAAACUAACAUGAUGGUAUGAUUCCUCAUACAUCGACGCAAUAAUGAAUUUCACCCCCUUUUUCAACAAUAAUUGAGCGUUAGUGCUAAGAAAAUAUAAUCCCAAAAUGUGAGUUGAAGACAAUACAUAGGAAAGACAGUGUGGGGAUGUUGGAAAUAUAUGUAGUGUUUGACUAUCGAACAACAAAGCAUGAAGCUAGCAAAGUGAUGGGUUCCUCGUUUGGAGGGCAUGUAUAUAUGUAUAACACAGAGAAUGGUCCCGCAAUCAUCCUUGCACGCCCUACAUUUCUAGGGGCUUACCCUAUUCCAUGCAAAUGGGCAUAAGCUUAUCAAAUUGCUUAGACCCCAAAAGAAGAAACAACUCUGGGAAGAAUGAAGCAGACAGCCACAACUACACUCUUCCCACUUGCUUGUGUUUGUUUCUUCUUCCAUUUCUUUUAGUUUGGGGCUAUUUUGUGCAAGUACCCACACCUCUACUCCCUUGUCUUUUGGGUUAAGGCAAUGACAUCAAGAUCUUGAUUUCUGAUCCUCAUCAUGAGAGAGUACUGGCUUGCUAGGCUAGUGGCUUUUAUCCUUUAUAAAGUGCCAUUGGAUAAUGUUUAGCUAGAUACAAUAUUUUAUUGAGCAUGGAAAUUGAUAUUUUGCAUCUCAUCAUCAAAAAGGGACAUGCAUGCAGAAUUCAUGGAGUUCGUUUUUUAUAUGAAGAAUUCAUGGAGUUUGCCUGUACAUGCAAUCAUAGGUGGAAAAUGAAAUUAUUAGGGCCACAUAACAUAAUAAAGUUUAACCAUAACAAAGGAGGUGAUCCAGCCAUACCUUCCAGUACGGCUACCUUGUUACGACUUCACUCCAGUCACUAGCCCUGCCUUCGGCAUCCCCCUCCUUGCGGUUAAGGUAACGACUUCCGAAAUUGAAUUGUACAUCCAAAAUAACCCUAAAAAGACAUGAUCUCAAGCGGAUACGCCGCUUUGGGUUGUGGGACUUACUUCCUAGCCCCAGUGGGAGUAGUGACCGGUUAAGGUAACGACUUCGGGCAUGGCCAGCUCCCAUAGUGUGACGGGUGGUGUGUACAAGGCUCGGGAACGAAUUCACCGUCGUAUGGCUGACCGGCGAUUACUAGCGAUUCCGGCUUCAUGCAGACGAGUUGCAGCCUGCAAUCCAAACUGAGGACGGGUUUUUGGUUUGUAACAAAGGGAAACUGUAGCUAUAAUUUAUAAUAAGUAAUCACAUGCAUUAGGAUUCAGAGCAGCACCCUUUGCUUACUGCUUAAUUAUCUGUAAAACAAAAAAAAACUACAGGAGCCACGUUGCCCUUAUGAGCUCUUACUUUCCCUUUUUCUCAUGUUUUUCCCUUAAUUAAACAACAUCCAUAGUCAAAGAUAAAGAAAUCGGAAUGGAAGAGGAGGGCAGUCGGUGGCAAACAAACAACUUGCAAAGAAAUCAAUCAAGCCCACUUCUACCUUUUCGCUCAUAUACAAUUAAUUAAUUAUUUAUUAGUUAACCAUUUUCCAUUUUUAUAUAUCCAUCUCGGAACUUAAUCAUGCAAGUUGGGAUUCCCCCAUCCCAUUAUAUUUAAUAGUUUUUCUUCCAAAUAUAUAUUAUCCAAUGGGAGUGCACCAAAAAAUCGUCAUGCUCAUGCACAUGCAGACAAAUCAUGACGCUGUACUUCUAAUUUGUUGCCUGAAACCCAGGGAUUAAUUGCAUUAUCUUAAUUACUCCAAAGAAAAACUUGGAGAUACCAACCAGCCGCUAGUUUGAAAGUGUCAACAACAACCAUCUUUCAAUGAUCAUAUAUAUAAUCUACUGUUUUGUUACGCGACAUUCAUCAAAGAGAAAACGCAAGGUUAUUAAUUAAUUAACGACCUUAAUUUUACUUAAAUAAUGCUACAAGAUACAUUAUUGGAAAGUCAAACUGAUGCAAGCUGAGGCUUUCAUUUCUGGCCGCCUUUAUAUAUAACAAACUGCAUCGACCUCUUUCAUAUAUUUCCUUGUUCUUCAUUUCCGGAGCUUGUUCGAUCUCUCGCCCACCUAGGGCUAUGGCUACGGCUAUAUACCCCAGGUCGUGGGCAAGACAAGAGGCAGGCCAGCUGCAGACGAAGAUGAGAACAAAACAAAAAGGUUCUGAGAAAAAUGCAUAGGCGUGGGAGAGUGGAACUAGUAGCUAGACUAGAGUCUAUAGAUUGAGAUGACGGUAAUCAAGGUUUGAACUAGUCGUGGGAGGGGGGAUUUUUGGUUCUGCCUUUUGUUUUCUUCCUGGGCCUGGCCCGGCCCUUCUUGUCCUAAAACUUGGGCUGGAAAGUGGAAAGUGGAGACAAAUUAUAUGUUAAUAUUAAUUUAAUUACGAGGCUGGGAUAAUUAGUCACAAACGAUAAUUAAUCACCCACGUUAUCCAUUGCGGCUAUUACUAUAUUCAGUUAAUAUUAUUAGUACAAAAAAAAGAAGUUAAUAUAGUAGUACGAGGGCUGGCGUGUAGUGAAGCGAGAAACUAAGCAACCUUAUUAUUAUGUGGAUUUUGAUUUUUGAGGGCAAGUUGUCAAUUUGCUUUUAGCCGAAAAGUUGCUAUCUAACACGUCGCCAUACAUUGCCACCCAAUUCUCAUUAUCCUUGGCGGAAAUUAUAUAUCGGCUCGCUAGGUGCCGACUAAGCGAGAAAACGGGGGAGCGUCUUCCUUUCCUUGACUAAUGGAUUUUCAGGCAAGCAGCCAUGCACACGCGGUUCUAAUCUUGGCUGAUUGAUUGACGCGUUCUUUUUAAAAAAAAAAAAAUACUAUUAGUCUAUUACGUACACUUAAACAUUUUGUUAAUUUCCUCCGCUUAUGUCACUCUCACUACGUCCUUCUUAUGUGAGCAGGGUGCCACUGCAAUCCCAUAGUUAAUUAACUUAAUUGCUUAUUAUUGUAGAGUUAAAUGGUCAUUUCAAACCCUGAGCUUUGGGCUGGGUUCAGUUUUUAAGUCUAAUUUUUAAGUUUUACCAAGUAAAAUAUGAUUUUUAACCUAAAUAAUACGUAGAUAAAAUUUGGACGUAAAUCCCACCUUCAAAUUAAACCCCACAGUUCUAAGUUUUGGACUUGAUACUGUCCAUUAAAAAACUGAAAUUUCUAAUUCAUGUGAUGCUGGUGUAACAGAGUAAUUAGUGACUAAAACAAGAGAGAAAGUGAUGUACGUAGGUAGAUUACCUGACCAAGUCAGAGAUAACGAAAAGUGAUUAUGCAUGUGCAUAUAUAUAUCUGCCAGUAAAUUGGUUGGUCAGGCCAGCUAGUUAUUACGUACAAACCUCCUAAUAGAAAAUGAACCGACAUCUUGACUUCUUACCCUAAAUACCGAAAUGUCAAUGUCCCGUAUCCGGUGGGUAAUUGUCAUUUUCUCAAGAGUAACAGUAAACCGAUACUAACUAAUUAAAAAUUCAAAUGAACUCUUAAAAUAUGACCAUAUGAACAAGGCCAUUUCCUCAUGUCCAGUCUGAUUCUAACAUGUAUUCUCUCAAUAUGAAAGAUUGCAGGUUAGAGGUGAGCACUGAGUGGUUUUAUGCGGAUUUGAGUAGGUUUAAAACCAUUCACUACGUGUGAAUGCCUACCCAUGUCCCACCCAAGGAUGUACAUGUAGGUAUAUUGGGUUGAGUGAUUGCAAUGAUGAGUGGUUGAGCGUGUUUGUAGAGUUUACAACAUACAUUCUAAAUUAUCACAAAAUUAUAACUUUUUUUUAUAAGGUAAAAUGGAAGAAAUUUUUAAAAUAAAUAGCGUUUAAUCCAUAAAUAAGGUGCAUCAUUUAAUUUAAAAUAUGUUAAACAUAGUCUAAGCCUAAUAAUAAACCAAAUAAGAUGCUUAAGGCGAAAUGAGUUGCUCAAUUGGACACCUGAAAAUUCAAGCAAACUCAAUUGAAUUGGAGAGUAGAGGAGCUUUUAGGUUGGGGAUAUGGUUUUUUAGUUCCAAUGAAGAAAGACAAGGGGAACUCGAGGAGAGGUAUGGCCAAAAAAAUGGGGUCGUUAGGAUUUUGGUUAGGUUAUGCAGUGGUUUGAUGUGACGCGUCAGAUUUUAUGAUAUGGCGGAUAAAAUAGGAUAAAUCAGCACUUUUGUUAUUCACUUCAGCAAAACAUUAACGAAUUGACGAUGUUAACGGAGACUAACAACGAUCAAUGACCAAAUUGGAACUACUUAACUAAUUUUAGAGAUCACGAAUUGAAUAAAAUAUUUUAGUAAUCUCAGCGACCAACCUUGUAAUUUAUCUUCCAUUUAUCUUUGGAGUGCAAAGUUGACAAGAUCCUUGAGUUGAGCUCAAGAAAGCAGGCCACACGAAGCCCACCUCACUGAGCUUGAAGGCCCAACAAGUUCCUCUAUUCAGCCAUAUAAAGCUUCUUCUUCCGUCAUUCAAACUCUUUCCGCAAGCGCGCGCUCACGUUUCGUUCGCGAAUUGAAAUUUGAAAGAGUGAGAGAGCAAGAAAAUGGAGGAGGAACUCGACCUCUGCAGAACAUCAAUGGCGUUCUUCUCCGAUCAGCAGCUCUGCUACGCGGAUAUCCUCUCUGCUCAUGAGGUUCGAGCUCGGAUAGAAGUCGCGGUGAUCAAUUUCCUGAAGGCUUUAACCUCUCCAGAUCCGGCAAUCUCCAACCUAGCUCUGAUAUCCAGGAAAUCGCGUAAUAGCAGAGUGAAUCAGGGAAUGUUAACCGACGUCUCUUCGAUUUUCCUCUCCGAUAUGCUUAGCGUGAGGUCGUUGACAAAAGCUAAUGCAGCUAAGGCGUUUGUUAGAGUAUGGAAGGUAAUGGAGCUGUGCUAUCAAAUCCUGAGUCAUGAGAAGCGAGUCACGCAGCGGGAGCUAUUUUACAAGCUUCUCUGUGAGUCGCCGGAUUACUUCUCAUCACAGCUGCAGGUCAAUCGGACAAUCCAAGAUGUCGUGGCCUUGCUUAGGUGCAGCCGUUUCAGUCUUGGAAUAAUGGCUUCCAGCCGAGGAGUUGUUGCUGGGAGAUUAUUGUUGCAGGAGGCAAACCAGGAAAUUGUGGAUUGUUCUGAAUGUGGUUCCUCUGGUUAUGCCAUCUCUGGGGACUUGAGCUUGCUGGACAAACUGAUUAUGAGAUCAGAUGCACGAUAUAUUAUCGUGGUGGAGAAGCAUGCAAUUUUUCAACGAUUGACCGAGGAUCGCAUAUUCAAUCACAUUCCAAGCAUUCUUAUCACAGCCAAAGGGUACCCAGAUAUAGCUACGAGAUUUCUCCUUCACCGUAUGAGCAGGGCUUUCCCUCAGUUGCCCAUUUUCGCGCUGGUUGAUUGGAAUCCAGCUGGACUAGCAAUACUGUGCACGUUCAAGCAUGGAAGCGUAGGAAUGGGCCUGGAAGCUUAUAGAUAUGCAUGCAAUGUGAGGUGGUUAGGAGUGCGAGGAGAUGAUCUACAACUCAUACCUGAAGAAUCAUUAGUUCCAUUGAAGCCACGAGACCUCCAGAUAGCUAAAAGCUUGAUGUCCUCAGAAUUUUUGCAGGAAAAACACAAAGAGGAAUUGGCACAGAUGGUUGAGAGCGGGAGGAGAGCAGAAAUAGAGGCACUGUUCUAUCAUGGCUAUGAUUUCCUAGGAAAGUACAUCACCAAAAAGAUUGUUCAAGCUAACUACAUCUAGCAGAAGAGCACUCUUUCGGGUAAGUUAACAGCAGAACCCUAGCUCCAAUACCAAAUUCUUAAUGAAUUCAAGCCAUACAGUUGGCAAACCAUAGCAAAAUAAGUAGAUUUCAAUACAUGGAUAAUAUAAUCGUCUGGCAUCUUAUUCCGUACAAUGCGGGACAACCUUUUCUCACUAUAGUUGAUCUGCAAUGCAAAUCUAAAGAAGAAAAGUACUCAUCUUUCCUUCUUUAAUUUGAGUUACACUACCAAAUAAUGCUAAUGUAGCAGG